AUGAAAAAACUUCCUAAAGAACUUAAAGGGGGACUGUACCUCAGCUAUGAUGACCUUCCAUCAAAUCUCAAGCAUUGCUUUCUUUACUUUUCUUUAUUUCCAGAGGAUGCAUUGAUUGAUCGUGAUGAUUUGGUCCGAUUAUGGCUGGUUGAAGGAUUCGUAGAAGAGCAAAAUGAUUCACUAGUGGAAGAUGUAGCGGAAGAAUAUUACACUGAGUUGCUCAGGAGAAACCUUCUGCAGUUCAGUUCUUUUACGCUUUUUUCUAAUGCCUGGGAAUACAAAAUCCAUGAUCUGAUGAGAAAUUUUUUCUGGAAUGACAAUGGCUUCAGCAACCCCCUCUUCAAAUUUGGUAGUGGAGCAGAAAUUUUGCGAACUCUAUUUACUUUCAAUGGCAUCAAUGUUUUGAAUGAUAUUCAAUUGGUGGGAUUAGAACACCUUCGUGUGCUACGACUUAAGGACUUUGAUAUCAAUAGCAUUCCCGACUCCAUUGGUCAUAUGAUACAUUUGAGAUAUCUUAAUUUGAGUGGUACAAAAAUCAGAGCGUUGCCUGAAUCCAUAGGAAGCCUCAUCAACCUCCAGUUCCUAGACUUUUCUGAGUGCAUUUUUUUGACGACGCUCCCUAAAUCCAUGUGUAGGCUACAAAAUUUACGUUGUCUUAAUCUUAUGAGAACUCCACUAAACUUCAUACCAAAAGGCAUUUCAAAGCUGGAGAAGAUUAAUUGCUUCCAUAAAUUUGUUGUGGCUGAUCUAAGAGAACCAGAAGACUCCUACACCGGCUUGGAGGAACUGCUCAGCUCUCUUUACUGGCUGAGAGUGCUCAGAGUUUAUAGGUUGGAAAGAGCUUGA